AUGUCGCAUAAAGCACGUCAAAGACCACCCGUCACUCCUGUCAAGCCGACCAAACGUCGGGGAUCUGACUCUUCAUCAUCCCUCGACGAUCUGUCCGACUUGUCCGACAGCGAUGGCUACUCUGCAGUCGGUGGCAUUAGCGACUCUGAUGAAGAUGAGGAGGAUGUGAUUGCGGCCGAGGAAAGCUACCUACUCGAGAGUGAUUCACAUGCCAAUCCAAGCAAUCAUGGCUCUCCUUGGCCCACAACUGAAGAAGCAGCAGAGGAAGGCGAUGAUGAAGAAGAGGACGACGAAGACGAUUCAGAUGACGAUGAAGACGAACCCGUUGAAUACACCGAAUGGGAAGGUUUCAUGUCAGAGGGCAACGACGAUAACGCUAGCGACGUUCCCGUCAAGGCCGAGGAAGUCCCUGAGCGAAGAGUCCGCUUCGCCGGCGUACCUGAAUCGGAUGGUGACACCACUGAGACAGAUGAUGGUAUUGAGACCAUCUUCCCGGAUAUUUUCGUUGAUCAAGGUUCUCUCGACCCCUCUUUUCGCAGGGAAAUCGAGAAUGACAACGACAACUCGUCUGAUUCGGGAUCCUUCUGGGAUUUGCACGGAAGCCUAGGGGAUGAUCUCUACGUGGCCGAUUUUGAGGGCCUGCAAGAGGUGCCCUUCCUUUUCGAGUCCGACAGCACCCCUGUUGCCACUCCCAUGACUGGUCAAGAUCUUUCCACCACCCAGUCAACUCCAGUCGCCUCUCCGCAGAAGCAACAAGACGAAAUGUCUACAGAUGGAUAUCAGAGCGAUGGCGAGGAUGGUGGCGAUACCACGGACGAGGACGAGGAACCAGCCAAGCAACCACUGCCACCAAGGACCAACCGUGAAACGCUUGGUCAGUCUUCGGACUCGGACGUCAUCACUUUCACGAGACGCCAUCGCGGCAAGCCUCGCGUCGGUAGAUUCAAUCUCGAUAGUGAUGGGAAGAAACCCAUUGCCGUCGUCAACCCUCGUACUGGCAAGCUGAUGAUUUUCACCCCACAACGACUCAGCCGCCUCGAUUUGUCGCCCGAAGCGUUCAACUUCAACUUUGGGCUGGACUUUCCCUUCACCGAGCAUGACUUUGCCCAAAACUCUCCCAUUCUCAGCAACUCCGGCAAUCUGAUGAUGGGCGCCAUGGUCUCUUCCAACACUUUCGGCGAUUUCAUGAACGGUACUCAAGCUGUCGGCCCGGCCGAGGCCUUUGUACCGCCAGUCAAUGGAUUGGAGGACAUAUUUGAGGAAGACGAGGAAGACGACUAUGACGACUAUGAGGAGGAUCAAGACGAGAACCGUCUCCAGCUCGAUGACUUCCUCGAGUUUGAAGGGUUUGAUGCGGAGCCUGAAGCUGCUUUUGAUGAGGACUCGUACUGGACUACACCCUCACGCCCUGAUACCCCCGGUGGUGACGUGAACUCCCUACUCGACCAUCACAGCCAUCUGCUGAGCAACUCGCACCUUGCCGGCGCCUUCCGUCGCGACCAACAGACCCAUCAGCUCCUGCGCAGUGGCAAGGCUACGCGCGAAUCUCUUGCCUUUUCGGGACCUCUCCACCAUGGCACGCUUCGAGGCAUCAAGGACGGCCGCAUUUCUAAUACGAACAUUCCCAUAUCACCUAUGCGCAAGCACAAGAGGACAAUGUCCGAUCUCGCCAGCAGUCCUCUCGCCAAUGCGUCACACAAAAGGAAGUCAUCUUCUGAGCAGCACUUCGGACACAAACGGCAGCGUAGUAUCCCCGAUGUGGAGCUGCUGACUCUACAAUGA